AUGUUGACCGGGCCAAAACUCCGCCUCCGCUUCGGCAAGCUGCCUGCGCCGUCUGGAGCGGCCUUUGCGCUCGUCCGCAAGCUGCUCGAGGAGCGGCCCAUGCACUUCCAGGAGCUGCUGCAUGACGGCAUCCGCGCGCUCGGCGGCGAGACGAACCGCGCCUCGUCGGACAUUCCGAGCGCCGAGGAGCUCACAGCCAAGAACAUCAAGAAGCGCGGAAAGGCAAAGGCCGUCAAGGAGGAGGGCUCGAACCCGGUGCCCGAGGGACAUCCGUUCGUCUCUGGACACUACCUCAAGUCCCGCAUUCUGCCCAUCCUCCAGUCGCAGGAGCUGAUCACGCGCACAUGGGGUGUUCCAGUGGAGGGCACGCGCCUGGCAGCCGAGCGCAACGGGGAGCAGACCGUGAUCUGGAAGCUGAACACGGAGGGCUGGCGCGCCGACAAGUGGAAGAAGCUGAUGCGCCCCAAUCUGCGCGAGGGCCAGAUUGCCGCGCAAGGUCUGGAGGUGAAGCAGAUCCAGGAGGCCGAGAAGAAGGCGCAGCGCGAGGCCGACUGCGACGCCGGCAUCGCCCAGCGGACAGAGCGCGAGGCCAUGGCGUGGAAGGCAAGGCCCAAGGGCAUCUCGUACCGUCUCGAGCGCCUGCAUCUCAACCCGCGCCGCGCGAGGAAUCGCGCCGCCAAGGAGGAGCGCGCCGCCCAGGACGCUGCGCUCCGUCGGGAGGCCGAGGUCGCUGCUAGGAAGCUCCUUGCGGGAGAGAACUAG